AAAUAUAAUACCUGACUAUCAGUGACAAGUAGGCCUAGCAUCCCGAGCAGUCUCCAUUAUUAAAGCACUAAGAUGAGGAUUGCCCUAGUUCUAGUCAUCGUGCUCGCCGUGGUUUUAAGCAGCAGUGACGCCUGGGGACGAUUCCGAGUCCGGUUUAGAGUCCGUCGUAUAUUCCGGAGGGUUGUACACGUAUUCCGUAAAGUAGUAAAGGUCAUUACACGCCCCAUCCAAAAGAUGGUUCUGAAGCCUAUCAAAGCGCGUGUUGGAGACAUACUAGCUAGGUUAGGAAUAGUGCCUAUCCAACCACCACCUCAACAACCUCCAGAAUCGGAUAAUCCCCAGGUCAUCGAACAUGACGUGGUGGUGACUAAAAUUGUCACCCCGCCGCCGCCAAAACCAAUACAGCUAACACCCGAGCAACUGAAGAAACUCAGAGAGAUGGCAUUGGCAAUGGCUGCCGCUGGCUAAAUUACAAGAAUUGUAUUAUCUAACAUGGAUAGUAAUAAUAAAAAAUGUAGUGAA